GCUCCGUCAAGUUGGUACUUAUUAUUUGGUCGAUUCCGAAAGAUCAAGCAAUUUUACAAAUUUCCAUUUACUUUAAUAAAUAACCCUUUAAACACAAUGAGUGGCGACGGCAACCAAAUCGACCAAUUCGACCACUUAUUCCUGUCCAUCGCACAACACCACCCACAAGGCGCUUCGCAGUUAUUAGACACAUUCGUGAGUUUCCUGAGCCGCAAAACCGACUUUUUCACCGGGGGCGACGAAGGGGCAUGGGAGAAGUUGGUUAUGAGCACUUUCAGAAAGUACGAGACCGUCAGUCGCAAAAAGCACGAAAGCGAGCUGAAGGAGCGCCGGGAGCGCGAGGCGGCGAAAAAAGCCGCCGCCGCCAAGAAGCUCGAAGAAGAAAAAAUUAAACCCGCGGAGAUCACGGAGCUGACGGACGCCGAAGCCGAGAAGUUGCAGGCGGAGCUCGACGCUAAGAAAACCGCUGAAGCACCGGAUGGAGAGGGCGUAGCGCCGGAGAAGAUUGAAGAGGACGAAGACGCGUCAGAGGUGGGAAAGUUGAAGCCGAAUAUCGGGAAUGGUUGUGACUUGGACAAGUAUAAGUGGACGCAGACGCUUCAGGACGUUGAGGUGAGGAUACCGCUGAAAGUUAAUUUUCGGGCCAAACAGAAGGAUCUGGUGGUUAAUUUGACGAAGAAGCAUCUCACGUGUGGGAUUAAAGGGCAGCCGCCGAUUGUGGAUGACGAUUUUCCGCAUGAGAUUAAGCUGGAGGAGUCGACUUGGGUUAUUGAAGAUGGGCAUACUCUCUUAUUUAAUUUAGAAAAGAUUAAUAAAAUGAACUGGUGGUCUAAACUCGUGCUUUCCGAUCCCGAAAUUAGUACUAGAAAAAUAAACCCGGAGCCUUCUAAACUAAGCGAUUUGGACGGCGAAACAAGAGGCUUAGUAGAAAAAAUGAUGUACGAUCAAAGACAAAAGGAAUUAGGACUGCCAACUAGUGACGAACAGAAGAAACAAGACGUCAUCAAAAAGUUCAUGGAGCAACACCCCGAAAUGGAUUUCUCAAAAUGUAAAUUUAACUAAAGUAGCAUUUUACACUGAUUUUUAAGUAUUUGAAUCUGCAUAAAUAAAUAAAGUUUCAUUUUUAA